CUCUCCCUUUCUGUCCGUGUCUCUGAAGAUGACUGGGGGUACGCUUGAGGUUCUCCUCGUGAGUGCUAAGGGUCUUGAGGACACCGAUUUUCUCAACAACAUGGAUCCUUAUGUCAUCCUCACUUGCCGCACCCAGGAGCAGAGAAGCAGUACUGCUUCAGGACAAGGGUCUGAACCAGAAUGGAACGAGAAUUUUGUGUUUACCUUAUCUGACAACAUUUCAGAGCUCAGAUUGAAGAUAAUGGACAGUGACACUUUUACUAGUGAUGAUAUCGUUGGGGAGGCAACCAUUCCACUAGAUGCCUUGUUCACUGAAGGACGAAUCCCAGUGACAGCGUACAACGUAGUUAAGGACCAAGAAUAUCGGGGAGAGAUUAGAGUUGGCCUCACUUUCACCCGGGAGGAGCAUCGAAGCAGAGGGUAUAAUGCAGAAGGGGAAAGAGGGUAUAAUGCAGAAGAGGAAAAUUUUGGAGGAUGGAAGGAGUCUUCAUUCAUAGACUGAACCCUAUGGCAGCUUGUUUGUGUCUAUUUGCAUUUGUGACCAGAUAAUUGGAAUAAAUUGAGGCUUUAUUUGGACUGGAUAUGUUUUGUGUGUUUUUCAUAGCAAUAUCAUCUUCUUAGAAAAUUGUCGAAACUCCUAUGAUGUUGUCUGACUUCAGAUUAGAUGUUUGGUGAAUGUUUAUGUGGUACUCAACUUUGACACUACAGAAACUUGGUUGGAAACUAAA